AUGCUGAAUUUCACUGAUGUGACAGAAUUUAUUCUUUUGGGAUUAACUAGUUAUCGAGAAUGGCGAGUUCUCCUCUUCGUCAUCUUUCUCGUGGUCUACAUUAUCACCUUGGUGGGCAACAUUGGAGUGAUCGCCUUAAUUAAGGUUAGUCCACAGCUGAACAGCCCCAUGUACUUUUUCCUCAGCCAUUUGUCCUUUAUUGAUGUGUGGUUUUCUUCCAACGUCACCCCUAAAUUGCUGGAAAACCUGCUAUCAGAGACAAAAACUAUUUCUUAUGCUGGGUGUUUGGUACAGUGCUUCUUCUUCAUUGCUCUUGUUCAUGUGGAAAUUUUUAUUCUGGCUGUGAUGGCCUUUGACAGAUACAUGGCAAUUGGGAACCCUCUGCUCUACAGCAGCAAAAUGUCAAGGGUUGUCUGUAUUCGACUGAUCUGUUUCCCUUACAUAUAUGGUUUCCUGACUAGUCUGGCAGCAACAUUAUGGACGUAUGGCUUGUACUUCUGUGGGAAAAUCGAGAUCAACCACUUCUACUGUGCAGAUCCACCUCUCAUCAAGAUGGCCUGUGCGGGGACCUUUGUGAAAGAAUAUACCAUGCUCAUACUGGCAGGAAUUAACUUCACAUAUUCCCUGAUUGUAAUUAUCAUCUCCUAUAUAUUCAUUCUCAUUGCCAUCCUACAAAUGCGCUCAGCAGAAGGGAGACGGAAAGCCUUUUCUACCUGUGGGUCCCAUCUGACAGCGGUCAUCAUAUUUUACGGUACCCUGAUCUUCAUGUAUCUCAGACGGCCCACCGAGGAGUCCGUGGAGCAGGGGAAGAUGGUGGCUGUCUUCUAUACCACGGUGAUCCCCAUGUUGAAUCCCAUUAUUUACACUCUGAGGAACAAGGAUGUGAAGGAGGCCAUGAACAAAGUAAUCAAUAGAAGAUAUUUAACAAAAUAA